AAGAUGGCGGCCGGGAACGGACCGCUUCACUUGCCAGGACACAAGAUGGCGUCGGGCCGGAGGCCGCCCCGGGGCGGGGUGCCGUGUGGCGCGCAUGCGCGGAUGUGCCGCCUGGCGGCGGAGCGGCGGGGGCAGCGCCGGUAGCGGACGAAGGAGCAACAAUGGAUUGGCCCCAACAAAGAUGUUGCAAGUGUUGGGAUAAGACAUCCCAUCUGAAAUGGAGGUGAUCCAGGGAGCUGAAUGCUGACUGCACCAACAUGGGGUUGCGACUCGUGGCUUGUAUUUUCCAUUUGCCCACUGCAGUGAUCUAUGGGUCCCUGUCGCUGUUUGUUUCCAUUUUGCACAACGUGUUCCUCCUGUACUACGUGGACACUUUUGUCUCUGUUUACAAGAUUGAUAAACUGUCCUUUUGGAUUGGAGAGACAGUGUUUCUGAUCUGGAACAGCCUCAAUGACCCUCUGUUUGGCUGGCUGAGUGACCGGGUGUUCCUUAGCACACAGCAGCCUGGAGCAGAGAUUUCCUCCCCUGAAGUAGUUCUGAAGAGACUCAAAGCACUAAGCCACAAUGGCCCCCUCUUUGCCAUCUCUUUCCUGGCUUUCUGGGUUGCCUGGGCUCAUCCUGGUUUGCAGUUCCUUCUUUGCCUUUGCAUGUAUGACAGCUUCCUCACCAUGGUCGACCUCCAUCACAAUGCCUUGCUUGCAGACCUGGCUGUUUCAGCAAAAGACAGGACAAGCCUCAACUUCUACUGCUCCCUCUUUAGUGCCAUAGGCUCCCUCUCUGUCUUCACGUCCUACGCAGUGUGGAACAAAGAGGACUUCUUUUCCUUUCGCAUAUUUUGUGUCCUGCUGGCCCUCUGCUCCAUCGUUGGCUUCACCCUGUCCACGCAGCUGCUCCGCCAGCGCUUUGAGUCUGGUGGGAAAGCAAAAUGGGACCAGGAAUCAACCCUAAAAGAGCUGUACAUUGAGAAACUGUCCGUCCCUCCGGAGAAGAGAAUCACCCUGGCAGAGUAUCUGCAGCAGCUCUCCCGGCAUCGCAACUUCCUCUGGUUUGUUGGCAUGAACCUCAUCCAGGUUUUUCACUGCCACUUUAACAGCAACUUCUUCCCUCUGUUCCUGGAGCACCUGCUGUCAGACCAGAUCUCUGUCUCUACAGGAUCCUUCCUGCUCGGUGUUUCCUACAUUGCCCCCCACCUCAACAACCUCUACUUCCUGUCCCUCUGCCGCCGCUAUGGGGUUUAUGCUGUGGUGCGAGGACUCUUCUUCCUGAAGCUGGCUCUCAGCAUUGUCAUGCUCCUGGCAGGACCAGAUCAGGUGUAUCUGCUCUGCAUCUUCAUUGCCAGCAACCGGGUGUUCACAGAAGGGACCUGUAAGUUGCUCAACCUGGUGGUCACCGACUUGGUGGAUGAGGAUCUAGUCCUGAAUCGCAGGAAGCAGGCGGCCUCAGCGCUGCUCUUUGGGAUGGUGGCUCUGGUCACCAAGCCUGGCCAGACCUUUGCCCCUCUGAUUGGCACCUGGCUGCUCUCUGCAUACACAGGUUACGACAUCUUCCAGCGCAACCCCUUGAGCAACGUGGUGAGUGCCCAGCCGAAGCUGGAGUCUCCUGCAUUCCUGGAGCCAACGCUUCGCCAAGGCUGCUUUUACCUCCUUAUCUUCGUACCCAUCACAUGUGCACUGCUGCAGCUCCUCAGCUGGUCUCAGUUCAGCUUGCAUGGGAAGCGUCUGCAGAUGGUGAAGGCUCAGCGCCAGAACCUGACCCAAGGCCAAGCACCAGAGGUCAAAACGAUCUAGGGGUGCCCAAGCCCACAGGGUACGCCUGGGUGCAGGCUGGUGGGCUGAGACCGCCCAAUGUUUACAGCUCCACUGUGAAAUGCUGUAAUGCCAAUCUUUAUCCAUUCCAAGAGGUGGCCACUGGGGAAGGCAGAGAAGUUCAGCAUGAGGGGCCUGGGGUAGAUCACUUGACCACAGGAGCAAGAGCAUUUUAUCCUGACCUGUUGCAGGAAGAAGCGAGGAGGUGCUGGGUUGCAGUGUGUGCUAGAGACAGAGAACCACAGGGAGCCACGGCCUGUGGCAGAGCGAGAGAACUGCACAGGGAGUCAGUCCUUCCUUGCUAGAGCCCUGCAACUUUGGGGAGUGGAGCAGGAGGCUCCUGAGGGACCAAGUGACUGAGGGAGUGACAGCAGGAGCAGGGAUGAGAGGACCCUGAAGGCCUUUCCCAGUAGAUGCUAUAACCUCUCACACAUAGUGCUGCAGUUCUUGGACCAAAUCCACUAAGGCAUUUCUUGUUCCCAGGACAAUACCCUGCACAGCCAGGGUCUGCUGGCUGCGCUUGUUUUAUGCCAAGUUCCCUCCUUCGUAGCCUUGCAGAGGGAGUUGUUGCAGGCUGGGAAAGGCACUGGGCUUGGAGCCUUGAGCUGUAACAUGGCAUUUGGCAUCCUGCUGCCUGUGUUUAUCCCUCCUCUCCUCUCCACAGCCCUGUCUUAGCACAGUGUCACACAGCUGAGAGCCCCCUCCCACUCUGGCAGGGACUGUGGGGCUGAGGUCAGAGAACCAGCCCCUAACCCAGCCAUGGAAGUGCCUCUGCCCAGGGCCCUCCCAGGUGACAGUGAGGCAGCCUGGCACCUUCCCCUCUCACAGGGGGAGAGCACAGCCUGGAGGAGAAACCAGGACUUGCUUUUGUGCCUUCGAUUCCUCCUUGGAGCCUUUCUGAGAAGGCUGGGCUGGCACAGGGCUGGGAUUUUACCCCUGUGAGGAGAGACAUCUCAGAUGGUCUCCAUUUGAAACGGUGCCCCAGAGUGUGACCAGAUCCAUGGCUGCCAAGCCAUGCACCGGAGGAGAGCAGGUGGUUUUGGCUGGGGGGAUGUAGUCACCAAAGGGAUCCCUGAGGUCAGGGAGUGUCUCUCCAGUCCCUGCAUUGCAUUUGGGGGUAGGCAGAAGUGAUGUGCCAAAGCAGAGCUCUGCCCUAUGCGCGCCUGCAGCAGGAGGGGCGUGCAGGCAGUAUCUGAAGGUGUAUGCAUAGGGAUGUGCUGGUUAGUGCCAGGUUCCCUCAGGUUACCCACAAACCUGCCAUCCUGCCUCAGGACACGGCUGCCUUCUGUCUCAGACCAAGACGGUUCCUGCUGUGAGGCUUCUGUAGCUCUUGGUGUUCCAUUAUGUGCAACUUACCACAAGGUUUGGGAAUGAUUCUUCAUUUCAUAAAGUAAUCUUUUUCUGUACUGCUUGGUGUUUUUUUCCCAGUGGGUGGAUGGCACCUGGCUGUGAUUGUGUGGGAGAAAAGGGGCAUAACUGCACCAGCCCUUGGCCUCUCCACAGUGAAAAACUGAGGUCUUGAGGAUAAUGGUUGCUGGGGAGUAGAGCAGCUUUGGACAUCACCAGUGUACAUCACAGCUGAAGCCCAGGCGCCUCCUCCCCUCAGCCCAAAAGCCAGGCCAGGAAUGUGAUCCCAGACAAGAGAUGGUGUUUUCUGGCUGAGAUCAGGCAGCAGCAAACCUUCAGUCGAGAAAAACAUGGGUUACCUCCUUACCACUGCACGUGUGGGAAGAUGAGGCCAGGAGGCUUGAGGGUUGUAUAUGAAUGACUUUAUUUAAGUAUGCUGGGCACCACCAGGCAACAUGGUUUGGACACUGUGCGAGGGAACAGUCAGGCAGAUCAAACGAAUGCUGGAUCGAAGACGGCACCUUUCUGUCCGGUCACUGCAGGUUACAAAGGGGAGCACUGCUGCUUCUGCAAGGGCAGCAGUGGGGCAGGGAGCAGGAGAUCACUGGCACUGCCUGGGACGUGCUGACCGAACCGACAGGGGGGGAUGCUGCUUCUCCUCCACAUGCUGCAGCAAACCAGCAAGAGGAACUGAUUUUCCAGCAGAAGGCUGAGCAUUGAUGGUUCUUUUCUACCUGACGGGUUCUUGCUUAAAACAGUCUGCUCUGAGGGGUAAGUGAACAAGCAGCUUGGCUUCAGCUGGAAGGAGACCACCACUCCUGCCUGCCUACAGCCUCUGGAGCCCAGUGGUGGGCCCUGGGACGAUGGUGCCUACACGGGCAACAUGCUGCUGCUCCCAUUCACCUGGGCUGGGACAAGACACCCGCUUUCCGACUCCUCUGCAGCAGCCCUGUAGCUCCUACCCCAGCUCUGCACUCGAGAGCAAGUGACCCCAAGGUGAUGCAUGGCAAUGAACAGGAUGGAGGGGAACAGGGAGGAACUGCCACCGAGCAACUCCAGCUCCACUGCUACUGCCACGUACUGCAGAAAAGCAACAGAAAGAAAAGAGCACCAAAUAACGCAGAAGACAAACCUGAAGGGGAAGCAGUGGCACACCCCAACGCAAGCGGGUCCGUAGCCCUGCCCUUGCCUGUAGAGCAGUAGAAGCAAAGCAGCCACCAGCUGAACAAAGGCACACAGCCAGCAUGACAGGGUCCUGCUCACAAACCUGCUGCUCACACCAAUGUCCUGGUAGGGUUUAUUGUCCUCUCCUUCAAUGCACUCAUAGAGAACAGCAGUUACCGGGUGGCAUCACAGGGCUGGCUGCUGCACUAAGCGAGUGUGCUGUACGCAGCCUUAACAUUGAGCAAGGGACAGCUGGCAUCAGGUGUUCAAAGAAGACCCAAAGCGUAAUUCCCAGGUGCUGUGGUCAGUUAUUUGAGAUAUCCUCAGACAUUUCAAUAAAUAAAGCAAUUUUUACAUUACAA